UUGGUGCAACACGAAUUGUGGCAGUUAAAACCAUUCGGAAAUGUAGCGCACAGACUAGCCUAAAGGAGGAAGCGGACAUUAUGAGAAAGCUGGGUUCGCAUCUGAAUGUUGUUACACUGCUUGGGGCAUGCAUAGAGAAUGAACCGCACAUGCUUAUAAUGGAGUACGCGAUGAGGGGAAGGUUGCUCUCAUUACUGCGGGCUGCGCGAAGUGCUUCCAAUAUUCUACCGGCAUCGGUACCGGGAGGGCGUAGUCUAACACCUCUAUCACCACGGACGCUAGCUGGCUUCGCACUGGAUAUUGCUUGUGGCAUGGAGUAUAUCGCCGAAAAGAGGAUCGUUCAUCGGGACCUGGCAGCACGAAAUGUUUUACUAGAUCACAAUGGAGUUUGUAAAAUUUGCGAUUUCGGAAUGUCAAUUGACUUAGAUUCUGAGCAUAAGAAAAAAGAGGCCGAGAAAUGCCAUGCCAACGAAAUAGUUCAUAGUAAUGCGAAAAAAAUCAAGUUCGAUUUCCGAAGCCGUUUCACAGUUAACCAAUGGAGCAACAACAACUCAAAUUGUCCAGAUGGCAGUCCAACCUUAAAAAAAGACCUAAAAGAAAAGAAAUAUAAUUCGCAUGGCCUUGGUCAAGGCCAUGAUACAAUUAGCCGCAGGCCAGCUUUGCCGAUUCGUUGGAUGGCACCGGAAGCAUUACAAUAUCAUGUUUUUACACGGGAGACCGACAUGUGGGCUUUUGGCAUUGUCCUUUGGGAAAUCGCAACACUUGGUUCAACACCAUACGCCAAUCAUUCAGGUAGGGAAGUUAUGCGACGAGUUCCGAACGGACUAAGGCCGGAGCUACCUAAGGAAGGAUGCAAUGAGUUCUACAAUUUAAUGGUACGCUGUUGGCAUAAGGAUCCUCAUCUACGUCCAUCCUUUUCAUAUGCACGACAGGAGAUAUCACGCUCCCUACACAAGUGGGUCGAUGACGAUGCGACCGGCUCUGACUAUAUGGAUGUAAGCGGGUUUAGUGAGGAUUUAGAGCACGGUAUGGU